AUGGAUGACCCAGAUAUCUUCUUGACACUCACCUCCAGUAAUAAAUGGGGACUUGCCGCUGAUUCAUUCCGUUUACCACAUAAUCCGUCUCCUGUCAGCCGCGAGGCUACGCCUGCUGAGUCUACCUGCGACAAAAAGCUGGUGAACGAACCGGAGUACUUCCACCGUAUCAUACUGCGAUUUGGUCAGGGAACGAAUACGAAAGGCCGUAUUACGUUUACAAGCGACCCUGAAAAGUGUGAUAUACUGCUUGAUACAAGAAGACCACGAUUUUACAUCACAUUUGACAACGAGCAGCGACCCGUGAUUCAGGAUGACUCUAACAAUGGUAUUAAAGUCAGCUACGAUGGAGAAGCAAAAGAUAAACGACGAAAUCACUUCAAGUGGAUCCUUUUCCCCAGAUUUGAGACAAUCAAAGUCACAAUACCACUCCGGAAGCAGAGAGAACUUGCCUUUGAUGUCCACCUCCCUCAGCACUACGACACGCAUCGAAACGAGUAUAAAGACAACGUGAAGACUUUCAUGUCCCAUGCUCCUCAAGACCAUGAUGUGGCUUUCCUUAAUCUAGCACUCCGCAGCGAGAAUACCUCGUUCGCGCCAAGCGAAUCCCUCUCUCCAACGAAUCGACCUAUUUACCUAAAGGGAAUGCUUUUGGACGAGUGA